AUGCCUCCCGUCCGAUCUCGCGCUCACAAGAAGCCUCCCCCAGCGGGGUUCGAAGACAUCGAAGACACUCUGCUCGAGUACUCGAACAAGAUGCGCGACGCGCAGAACGCAUCGCACGAGGGCAAAAAGAAACACGAGGCCCUCUGGCCCAUCUUCCAGAUCUCGCACGCCCGUUCCCGCUACGUAUACGACCUGUACUACAAGAGAGAGGCCAUCUCGAAGCAGCUGUACGAGUGGCUAAUCAAGAACGGUUACGCGGACGCGGCGUUGAUCGCCAAGUGGAAGAAGCAAGGGUAUGAAAAGCUCUGUUGUCUAAGGUGCGUGCAGACCAAGGAGACGAAUUUCCAGGGGACAUGCAUCUGUCGCGUGCCCAAGGCGACGUUGAAGAGGGAUGGUGGCGAAGCGGGCGGAGAAGGCGGCGGCGGGUUGCAGUGUGUUAAUUGCGGGUGUAGAGGGUGCGCGAGCAGUGAUUGA